AAAAAAAAAUAUUAUUUCAUCACACGCAAACUACUUUUCGUACGGUGCGGAUGCACAGCAGCGCACCAGCUCCGCAGUAAAUUCAGGGCAAAGUUAUCUACAUUACCUCCGUGCGUCGUCGUUUCUAGUUCAAGUGCAACGCUUCGCUGUCCUUUGAAAUCUCGAACCAGGAAACAGGGCUGAAAAAGGGGAACGGCGCAACACCAAACAAUCGCUCUCGUGACUGUUCGGGACGGGUACAGAGGUGCGGAUCAUCCACUUCAUCGAACGCAGCCAUCUCAACGGAACCCAGCGAAAAGCAAAAUAUACGUACGUGUCUUUUCUGUGCGGCGGCGGCUGCUGCUCAAAGAAGCCCUUUUGUUUUUGGCGUAAAGGGAGAGGAGAAAAGUGCGUGACAGUGCGUGGAAACAAUAUUUAGUGCUGCUUUUGUUUGAAACGAAUACGAACAGUGUGCUCUAAACCGGCUUCCGGCAUGGCAUCAACGACAGAUAUUCCUCCGGCCGUGGGCAACGCGCCCACCGCUCCCUUGCUAGAGGAUCUCAACGAGGACACGCCCUCCUCCUCAUCGUCCAGCACGGCGACGACGACGACAGACAGUGGCAAACCUUCGACAUCGUACAGCUUCUCCAUGCUCGGUGCGGAUACGGCCAUCCCAGGCAGCAGCAGCAGCACCAGCUACAGCAUCAAACGGCCACAGUCCGGGGACGAUAGCAUCCAGUCGGCGGCGGCCGGUGGUAGCAAAACCAAGACACAGCUAGAAAACGACACAGCCGGCGGCGAUGGUGCGGGCGAGGGCGCAUCGACCGGUGCGCCAUCCACCGAGGCCGGCGAGGAGGAGAAAAAGGACGACUCCAUGUUCGAGUGUAACAUCUGUCUCGACACGGCCAAGGACGCGGUGGUCAGCAUGUGCGGGCAUCUGUUCUGCUGGCCGUGCAUUCACCAGUGGAUGAACGGGUACCGCAACACCUGCCCGGUGUGCAAAUCGUCCAUCAGCAAGGAGAAGGUGAUUCCGCUGUACGGGCGCGGCGGCAGCAAGGAGGAUCCGCGCAAAACCGUACCGCCCCGGCCGGCCGGCCAGCGUACCGAGCCGGAGCAGCCGCACGGCUUCCAGAGCUUCACCGGCGACGGCAGCUUCCACAUGUCGUUCGGCAUCGGGGCGUUCCCGUUCGGGUUCUUUACCUCCACGCUGAACUUUGGCGACUUUCGCGGCGCGGGCAAUGUGACGCGCGAGAAUACGCGCGAAUCGGAGGAGGACCAGUUCCUGUCGCAAGUGUUCCUGUACGUGGCGCUCAUCUUUCUGGCCUGGCUGGCCAUGGCCUAGAGAGAUAGAGAGGACGGGGGGGGGGGGGGGGGGGGGAUGAGAGCGAAUGUUAAAAUUUUCCGAAAUCAAAUGGGACAGAGGGAUAAACACACACAAGGUUGGCGAAACAAGUCAGAAACGGGCACGCGCAUACACGCACGUACGCACGUACACUCGUAUCACCCCAGGCGUCGAGGAACCGGUGCAAUAGGUGCGGCCGCGUUUAAAACACUUUUGUGCGAAUCACCUUAGAGUAUUAACUGAAGAAAGACAGCUUUUUUGGGGAACGGUUUUAGUAAAAAAAAAAAACAAAUUUAACCUCCUCGCGGUCAAAAAUGCUAUUCAUCCUCUUUUUUUCGGGAAAUCCUACAAGCAUUCUCGUUUGGGAAGGUGUAGUCACGAGACGACCGGUGCAAUCUACUUUGUGAUAGCUCUUAGACGGAUCCCAAAGGAUGUUUUUUUGCUUCUUCUAGGAAACAGGCGUGCUUUUAGGGAAAAUAGAACGAUUUUUUCAACCGAACACUAAUUCGGAAAAAAUGUAAUGUCCCCCCAUGAACCUCAUAAGAGUCAUUUUAUCAAAAAAAAGAAACUGUAAUUCCUGAUACGUAUGUAUGUGUGCGUGCGCGCGCGUGUAUGUCAAGUGUUGUCAUUUUUUCUUUGCGCAUAAAGAUGUAUGUAAUUUAUUGAGUGUAGUAAUGUAUAGGAAGUAAAUAGGGGAGAGGAAGGGUGCGCAUAAUGCAUUUUGCGGGUGAAUCAAGAAAGGGCGGCGACGAAGAUUUUGUAAUUAUAUAUAUAUAGAUACUAAUGUACGUACGUAUGCUUUAUCCAUCUUUUCGUUUAUCGUAUCGUUUCAAAACACUCCCCACUAUUAGCCCUUUUAGCAUAUGAAGCAAUGAUUAUAUGUAUGUUUUUUUUCUCCUAUCUUUUUUUUCCUUUCUUUCCUCUGCGAGGUAAACGAAAAAUCACACACUCACAAGAAACAAUCGGAAUGAGAAUAUAUGAGGGGGAUGUGCAAAAUAGAAAAAAAAGAAAGAAAAAGAAACAAGCAGUGGAACAGUGUUAGUGGUGUAGAAUCGUGUCAAUAAAGUUUAAGUGCUACAUACAGUUCAAAA